UGUUAGAUAGGAAGGGUGCAGUCGCCUCAGACGUCUGCUCGAUCCUACUCUCACGUCGAACCUUCCCUUUAAGCUUUCCGUUUAUUCUCGUUUCCACCUUCGAUUCUUCCCCUUUCAACGACCUCCCGCGAUGGCUUUGGACGCGAACGAGAAGAGUUACAUCCUGGACGCAAGGAACAACUACGAGGAUGGUGGCAGUCUGGGUUCAGAAGAAUCUUACGAUGACAUGAGACAACUUGUCGGGGAAAAGAAGGAAGAAUCUGGAAAAUUCAGUAGCCUACCCCUGGCCAGUUUUAAUUUCAUCAAUUCCAUUAUUGGCAGUGGUGUUAUUGGUAUACCCUAUGCUCUUCAUCAGGCUGGAUUCGGCCUCGGGAUAGUAUUAUUAAUACUGGUAGCUGGACUCACUGAUUACUCUUUAAUUUUAAUGAUUAGGAGUGGAAACAUUUGCGGUGAAAUGAGCUACCAGGGUUUAAUGAGAGCCAGUUUCGGUCGUACAGGAUUUUAUAUUCUCACGACACUACAAUUUAUUUAUCCAUUCAUAGCAAUGGUCUCUUAUAACGUUGUCGUUGGCGACACGGUGACGAAAGUGUUAAUAAGGGUAACAGGGAUAAGCGAGACGAACAUUUUUGCUCAUCGUCAAGUGGUCGUCUUAUUCGCGACGGUUUGCAUCACUAUACCGCUGUGUCUUUAUAGAAAUGUUGCUCGUUUGGCCAAGAUCUCAUUCCUUUCGUUGGUCUGCGUUGGUUUCAUUCUCCUAACGAUUUUAAUCCGGAUGGGUACGAUGUCAGCGAUUGUGCCAAGCCAGGAAGAUAGUUGGCGAUUCGCAAAUUUCCCCGGCAUAGUUCCAUCCGUUGGAAUUAUGGCAUUCGCCUUUAUGUGCCAUCAUAAUACAUUCCUUAUCUACGAGUCUAUAGAAAGGGCUACUCAACAAAAAUGGGACAUCGUCACCCAUUGGUCACUUUUCACUUCCUUCCUGAUUGCGGCAGCUUUUGGAAUCAUCGGAUAUGCCACGUUUACUGCGUACGUCCAGGGUGAUCUUAUGGAGAAUUAUUGUUGGGACGAUGAUCUGAUGAACUUCGCCAGAGUUAUGUUCAGCGGGACUAUUUUACUUACUUUUCCUAUCGAAUGCUUCGUCACGAGAGAGGUAAUAAUGACAGCGAUCAAAGGAACCGACGAGCUCGAAGAUCAUACGGCAUAUGUUCCUAACUCCGAUCGGAAGUACUUGAUAAUUACGCUGACGAUAGUGGUGGUUGCAUACCUGAUCUCGAUGUCCACGGAUUGUCUCGGCGUGGUUCUCGAACUGAACGGAAUCCUCGCUGCUGUACCUUUAGCCUAUGUUCUUCCUGGGCUGUGUUACCUCAAACUCGAAGAUGGACCAGUUCUCUCCUCGAAGAAGCUCCCGGCGCUGGGAUUGAUGUCCGCUGGUGUGUUCGCCGCGGUCUCUGGCCUGCUGUUGUUGAUCCUGAACAACGACACUUCCGGUUCCUGCGUGCACGGAAAGGAGGGGAGUUCGAGUCGCAGCUUGAUUCCCAAAUGCAUUAAGAUGGAAGUUUCAAAAAACGAGCAAUUAGUUGAUACAUAUGAGAAAAUUUAUGGAGACGAAUGUCGAAUCUGUUUGAAAAGGGCUGUUGAAAUUUGUGAACUUUUUAGAAAUGGGGACACUAUUCCUCGAAAACUUAUGGCCGUUGCUUCUGUACAGGUUGUAGAAGGAGAUGGUUUACCACCAGUGAUCUGUUUGCCUUGUAAUCAGCGUUUAGAUGCAUCCUAUGAUUUUAAAUGUCAAAUACAAAAUUCAGAUGAAAAACUUCGUCAAAUUCUAAAGCUGAAAUCAUCUUCCAAUGAUUCUGUUACCAGCGCCAGUAUAGUUACAGCAAUAAUUGCUGAUGUGAUAUCUAGUGUAAUAUCUUCUGAGAAAGAAAAUACAGAAAAACAAGAAGUUUGUUCUACAAAUUUUUGUCCUGAUAAUUUUUGUUUCACGAAAGAUGAAACUUCUUUCUGUCUCAAUUCAGAGAAAAAUUUAUUUUGUUAUGAAAAAGAAUCACAGAGUGAAUUAAAUGAUAUAGAACAAAGAAAGAACCUAGAAGAUGCAAAUGUUUAUAAAAGUUUAUUAGAGGAUGAUUCUGUAAGGCAAAUCAGUUCAAUGAAACAAGAGUUUGCUUUAUUGGAUGAUCAUAUGAUACAAACUAAAGAUAUUUCAUUAAAGGAAGAAGAAAGUAUUGAAGAAAAUCAACAAAUAGAAGAGACAUCAAAGAUAGAUAAUAUUCAAGAUGAUGAAGAAAAACCAUUAAUUUCACGCACAACUAGAUUACGUUGUACACAAUGUAUUAAGUCUUUUCGUACAAAAGUGGCCUUGCAGAGACAUGCCAUUGUACAUAAACGUAAAACUAAAUUACGUUAUGUUUGUUAUGUUUGUGAUAAACAAUAUUCUACUCUUGCAAAAGUAAAAAAUCAUGUUGCAAUCUGUCAUGAAGCUCAUGAUAGAAAAGAAAAUAUUCAACAUAAGAGAAUUAAUUAUGAGCAAAAUAAAGCAAUAACGAGUGUACAAGAUAAAAGAAUUAGUAAUGUUCAAGACAAGAAAAUAAAAAUUCAGAAAACUGAUGAUUCUUCUAAAGAACAACGAAAAAGCCUAAAAUUUACUUGUGAAGUUUGUUCAAAGCAAUUUACAUAUCAAAAAUCUUUUAUUACACACGCUAAAAGUCAUCCAGAGUAUAAGUUUGAAGAAUUGGAUGAUUCUUCCGAAUGUUCAACAAAAGAAAGAUCUACAGAAACUAUUGAAGAAGAAGAAGAAAAUGAAGAAGAGGAAGAUGAAGAGGAUGAGGAAGAUGAGAAUCUUCCAGCUGAAAGUUUACAAUGCACUCAAUGUGGAAAAUUAUUUGCAACAAAAAGAAAUCUCAAGAGGCAUGUUUCUACACAUAGUGGAUUAAAGUAUACGUGUGAAACGUGUGGCAAAGGAUUUUCAAGAGUGGAUAAAUUGAAAGAUCAUGAACAAUCAAAACAUAAGGCUGAAUUAUUUGAAAAUUCUGAUUUGGACGAUAAAGAAGAUAUGGACAAUAUAAAUAAAGGAGACUGUUUAGAAGGAAAAAAGAAAGAUCGUCACAACAGACCUCAUAAAUGUGCAAUUUGCCCUAAAUCAUUUGCACAAGCUCAAUCACUAGCGAAUCACAUAGAACGUCAUAAACGGGUGAAAGAAACUCAAAAAAGAUUUCUUUGUGAAGUCUGCAGUAAGUGUUUUGCACAGAGUGGUUCUUUGGUUGCUCAUAUGCGUACACAUACUGGAGUUAAACCAUACGUUUGUAACGUAUGUAGUAGAGCUUUUACAAAGAGCACUUAUUUACAAUUACAUUUGCGCACUCAUAGCGGAGAAAAACCUUAUAUUUGUCAGUAUUGUAGUAGGGCCUUUGCGCGUGCUAAUACAUUAGCAAGGCACAUAACAAUGCAUACAGGAGAAGCAAAAUAUCAUUGUCAGAUUUGUACAAAAUCAUUUAGAAGACUGACUUCGUUAAAUGAACAUACUUACACACAUACUGGACAAAGACCAUAUGCGUGUAAAAUUUGUACAAAGAGAUACAAUAAUGCUGGAUCACUUUAUGCACAUAGAAAGAAGUGCAAGGCACAGCAGCUAUCUAAUCCUGGAUUUGCUGUUUCUGUGGAAAAUACUGUAUCACAACAAGAAGUAGAUGUUCCGCAAGUUUUGAUUUAUUCACACAGGAAACUAGUAGAGGAUGCAACUGUUGGGCAAGUUACGCCCACGCCACAGUAUAUGAUCGCAAACGUACAUAAUCAAAAGAAUUUGGGAUCAAAUAUUAUACAGUCAUUUCCAGUGGAUGAUCCAAAUGUUUAUACGAAGCCAUUUAAGAACCCCUAUUAUACAAUUUAUCCAAAUAUGUAAAAUAAUAAUGUUUGCGGGAGAUUGAUUAAAGAAUGCCUUUUUUAGAGCUA